GAAUCCUGUGAGAUUCUCCUAAACUAGUGCGAUCCAUUCGCUUCCGGUGGCCAGGAACCGGGGACUUGUAAUAAUGGAAAUGUGUCGUCGAGGUUGACAGAGGAGCGCGCAGAUCCACGAUCUACGAUCUACGAAUUAAAUGACGGCAGGCACUAACCGUCGAGGAGACGCGGCUCUGUGCAGGCGCUAUAUAAAUAUAAUACUUGGCACGAGAGUGGAGUCCAGUCAGCCCGCGACCACCGCACCUGCCGCACCUCGUUACGAGACCGAUCUCGUCCAAGUCUCGAAAUCGAAGGAGUUCCCGAGGCUCCGAAGAAUCGGGAUCGCACGAUCGAUCCGGAUCCGACUUUGCCACACUGAUCACGCGAAUUCGCCGAUUAACGAUCGUCCGCACGUGUUACCGAUCCACGGAUCCAAUGAUCACCAGGAUAUUGUUUUAAAUUAUUAUAUUGCCACGGAAAUACGAAAGGUGACGAUUAGGAUAUCGGAAGAAAGAGUGAAAGACGAAGGAAGACACGGAUUUCCAAAAUGACGUCUCACGACAAUCUCGGAUUUACUUCGAGCACGAAUGCUGUAUACACUCGGAAAGAAUCGCCGCCGGAUAUGAAGAUGAAUAUUACGCAUUCCAAAGAACAAGAAGCCCCGACGGGUAAUGGCCGGAACGAAAUCAGCAACGGCAUAUACGUCGUCGAACUCCAAGACAAGAAGAAGAAGCAACAAGCAUCGGUAGGAUCGGAAACCGACGAAUAUGAUCCCUAUCGUCACAGAGAAGUUGAGCACCCAACUACUAACAGCGAGACGCUUCUUCAUCUCCUGAAGGGCAGUCUUGGUACAGGCAUCCUGGCGAUGCCGAUGGCCUUCAAGAAUGCAGGUUACGCUGUCGGACUGGUGGGUACUCUGGCCAUCGGUCUUCUCUGCACCUACUGCAUCCAUCUCCUGGUAAAAUCGGAGUAUGAACUUUGUAGACGCAAGAAAGUACCUUCUCUAUCGUAUCCAGCAACUGCCGAAAACGCCUUUCGCGAGGGACCCUCUUGCUUCAGGGGCUUCUCCAGGAUUUCUGUGCACGUAAUCAACGUAUUUUUGUUGAUAUAUCAGCUGGGAUGCUGCUGCGUCUACGUGGUUUUCAUCGCGGACAAUAUCAAAUCUGCUUUGGAGGGUCACGUUAUGGAAAUCGACACUAGGUGGUACAUGUUGAUAAUGCUGCUGCCGCUGAUCCUGAUCAACUGGGUUAGAAAUCUGAAGUACUUGGCGCCCUUCUCGACCUUUGCAAACGGCAUCACCUUCGCCAGCUUUGGUAUAAUCCUCUACUACCUGUUCAGGGAGCCUCUGGAUUUCGAGGGUCGAGCACCGGUUGGAGACGUCAAAAACUUCCCCCUCUUUUUCGGCACGGUUUUAUUCGCCCUCGAAGCCAUCGGUGUGAUUCUUCCUCUGGAGAACGAAAUGAAGACGCCAAAAUCCUUCGGGAGUCCCUGCGGUGUUUUAAACAUAGGAAUGAUCACGGUGAUAUUUCUCUAUCUGGGGAUGGGAUUCUUCGGUUACAUCCGGUACGCGGACGUCAUUAAGGGCAGCAUCACCCUCAAUCUUCCGGACGAAACACCCGCCAAGGUAGCCCAGGUCCUUUUGGCCCUUGCCAUAUACGUGACGCACGCUCUUCAGUGUUACGUAGCCGUCGAUAUCACCUGGAGUGAUUACCUAGGUCCUGUUCUUGAAAAGAAUUCCCACAGGCUAUUCUGGGAAUACGUUAUGAGAACGUGCCUCGUUGUUGUCACCUUUCUCUUCGCAGUUGCAAUUCCGAAACUGGAGUAUUUCAUAUCGCUGAUCGGCGCCCUCUCGUUAUCGGGACUUGGCCUCGCAUUUCCGGCAAUAAUCUACACCUGCACAUUCUGGACCGUAACGAAUCGCACGGAGAAGAUCAUAAUGAUCGCGAAAAAUUCGGCAGUCAUCGCUUUUGGUUUUCUGGGCCUGAUCGCCGGGACUUACACGAGCCUUUUGCAGAUUAUAAACUAUUUCAAGUCAAUGGAUGUGUCGCCUUGAGGGAUGAUGAAGGGUGGCAAAAUUCUAUUUUCGGAAUUUGCGAGAACGAGCUUUUAUCGAGCGUCGUCGACGUUUUAUCGGCGAUUUUUGAAAGCUCGUCUAUCCUCAAGUUAGCACUUUUUCAUUGAGAGUGAAUGAGAGAAUGAGAUAAUCGAGCCUGAUGAAUUUUAUUAUUUAUCUUGACUCAACGAGUCGAUAGAAAUGUUUUAUAUUUCAUUACACACAAAUAUACACAGGUUGAACAACAUUCGUUUGAAAUCUUGUACAGAAAUUAUUGAAAUCAAAAAAUGCGCUGGACGCUUCGUCGCGAAUCUUUCUUCACCUUUCGUCUCGUUUAACGGUGUACAUAUUAAUUCCCCAGAAACGCGGUUAUGUGAAAUCGAAAAAAAUCGUGUUAAAUCCUGUAAAUAG